AUGAACGACAACGAAGAAGACGAUACUAUUAAUGACAAUGGUAUAGAAGAAUCACUCCAAGACAUGAUUCAAUGUCCAGCAUGUCAACGACGAAUGCGUUCAGAUGUUUAUUCUAAACAUCCAAAUGUUUGUCGUGAAAAUCUAACAAAAAAACGUAAUAGAAAUAUAUUUGAUAUGACACAAUAUCGUUCAAUAAGAUCAGGUGACAAAACUAUACCAGUGCAUAAACUAUCAUCAAUCGAUGAAAAAAAAUCAAACAAUAAUAAAAACAACGAUAACAAUCUUAAUAAUAUACGACCAUCUCAAACACGUAGUGCAAAACGUGAUCGUCGAUCGGAUACAGUUAUACCUCCUAUUAUCAAUAAUUUCUGUUGUCCAAAUUGUAAACGUACAUUUUGUGAAAAAGCAUAUGAUCGUCAUGUUACAUUUUGUUCAAGUAAAUUAAAACAAUUACAACAACCACCAUCCGAAGAAACACUUCUUGCUCGAUUGAAACUUGAUCGUCGUAUUAAAUUCAGUUCAAAUCGUAUUGUUUCAACACUUUCUCAUACAUCACCUGUCGUUACUACACCUAUUCAAACUUCUAAUAUUAAUAAACAAAUAUCAUCAUUGCCAAAUGAAGCACUUUGUCUAUUAUCAAUGCGAAAAAAACAUUCAGAUACAUUAGCACGUUGUCCAUGGUGUUCAAAACCGUAUAUGCCUAAUUGUAUACAUUAUUGUAGAAAUUCAAAAGAAUUAUUUUCAAUUCAUUCAAAAAUAAAAAAUAUAGUCUAG